GAGUAAGAAAUUCUUAGACAACGUCUGCCUUGCAGCUGUGAAAUUCAUUUUCUCGCCAAGGCAAUAUAUUAAAAGGUCACACAUGCUUUUGAUAAGAAAUUAGAGGGGAUUCUACAGUGAGACAAUCGAUAGCUUAGUCAUUUUACUUUAAAGAGAGCAGACAGCCUUAUUGUGGGGUUAGGCGACAGAUGAAUUUCAUCACGACAGCGCCUUCUGAAGUCAUGAUGGGAGCCGGCACUAACCCUGUCCUGCAAAGCAGAAAUUGCUCAUUGCCUUCUUACUUGAGCAUUCAAAACCAGCGAUUCUGAGAUCUGGAGAAGAAGUUGGCUUGCGCUCUACGUGGCUUCUAGUCCCUCUGCCCAGGUCUUUGUUGGACAAGUCUCAGACUCAGACGGUAGCACUGCGUUAAAGUGACCACACAUGAAUAUGUGCCUAAGAAAGAAGAAAAAGCAGUAUUCCUCCCUAAAGGACAGCAUGGCCAAGCAGCGUGAAGUUUUCCAUUUCCCUCCUAACACUUCUUUAACAAGGAUAACAAGAAACUGUCUUUUGACUCCUUUUUGUCCACAUUCCAUAGUCCUUUCUGCGAGGAUGCAUUAAUUCAUGUUCGAGGCAGUUGGAUUUCAGCAGGACAAUAUUUGCCAUCAUUUAGGAUUAGCAAUUGGACUGGUUAUUUUAGUGUGUUGACUAGUGGAAGCUACAUGGAUGGACUCCUACCUGCAGUGCUCUGUGAUGGUUCUUUCUUUCAAUCCUGGAAGGGCUUUUCUGUUUUUUGCUAUUUGUGUUUUUUUGGGGGGUUCGAUUUUGGGGGAGAGAGAAUUCAUUACUUGUUGCCAUAAUUGUCCAUGAUCGAUGCUCAAGCCAGAGGGUUGGGACUCAUCUGUGAAAAUCAGUACAUGUAACAUAGGAGACAAGGAAAAUAUUCAUGACGUCCACUCUGCCAACAUGAUGCACGUGAACACCUUCCCCUUUAGAAGGCAUUCCUGGAUAUGUUUCGAUGUGGACAAUGGCACAUCAGCGGGACGGAGUCCCUUGGAUCCCAUGACCAGCCCAGGAUCUGGGCUAAUUCUCCAAGCAAACUUUGUCCACAGUCAACGCCGGGAAUCCUUCUUGUAUCGAUCCGACAGCGAUUAUGACCUCUCUCCAAAGUCUAUGUCCAGGAACUCCUCGAUUGCCAGUGAUAUACAUGGAGAUGACUUGAUUGUGACUCCAUUUGCUCAGGUCUUGGCCAGCCUGCGAACCGUACGAAACAACUUUGCUGCAUUAACUAAUUUGCAAGAUCGAGCACCCAGCAAACGAUCACCCAUGUGCAAUCAACCAUCCAUCAACAAAGCCACCAUCACAGAGGAGGCCUACCAGAAACUGGCCAGCGAGACCCUGGAGGAGCUGGACUGGUGUCUGGACCAGCUAGAGACCCUACAGACCAGGCACUCUGUCAGUGAGAUGGCCUCCAACAAGUUUAAAAGGAUGCUGAAUCGGGAGCUCACCCAUCUCUCCGAAAUGAGCCGGUCAGGGAACCAGGUGUCGGAGUACAUAUCGAACACAUUCUUAGAUAAGCAACAUGAAGUGGAAAUUCCCUCUCCAACUCAGAAGGAAAAGGAGAAAAAGAAAAGGCCGAUGUCUCAGAUCAGUGGGGUCAAGAAGUUAAUGCAUAGCUCCAGCCUGACUAAUUCAUGCAUCCCACGGUUUGGGGUUAAAACGGAACAGGAGGAUGUCCUGGCCAAGGAACUAGAAGAUGUGAACAAAUGGGGUCUCCAUGUCUUCAGAAUAGCAGAGCUGUCUGGUAACCGGCCCCUGACUGUUAUCAUGCACACCAUCUUUCAGGAACGGGAUUUGUUGAAAACAUUUAAAAUUCCAGUUGACACUUUAAUUACGUACCUGAUGACCCUGGAGGACCAUUACCAUGCCGACGUGGCCUACCACAACAACAUCCAUGCUGCCGAUGUCGUCCAGUCCACGCACGUGCUCUUGUCUACGCCUGCGCUGGAGGCUGUGUUCACAGACUUGGAGAUUCUCGCGGCCAUUUUCGCCAGUGCAAUACAUGAUGUGGAUCAUCCCGGUGUGUCAAAUCAGUUUCUGAUCAAUACAAACUCAGAACUUGCCUUGAUGUACAACGACUCCUCCGUCCUCGAGAACCACCACUUGGCCGUGGGGUUUAAGUUGCUCCAAGAAGAAAACUGUGACAUUUUCCAGAAUCUGACCAAAAAGCAAAGACAAUCUUUAAGGAAAAUGGUCAUUGACAUUGUACUUGCGACAGACAUGUCAAAGCACAUGAACCUGCUGGCUGAUUUGAAGACGAUGGUAGAAACGAAGAAGGUGACAAGCUCUGGAGUCCUCCUCCUUGACAACUAUUCUGACAGGAUCCAGGUCCUGCAGAAUAUGGUGCACUGUGCAGAUCUGAGCAACCCCACGAAGCCGCUCCAGCUGUACCGCCAGUGGACGGACCGGAUAAUGGAGGAGUUCUUCCGCCAGGGGGACCGGGAGCGGGAACGUGGCAUGGAGAUCAGUCCCAUGUGUGACAAGCACAACGCCUCUGUGGAAAAAUCACAGGUGGGCUUCAUAGACUAUAUUGUUCAUCCCCUCUGGGAGACAUGGGCAGACCUCGUCCAUCCUGAUGCCCAGGACAUUUUGGACACUUUGGAGGACAAUCGUGAGUGGUACCAGAGCACAAUCCCCCAGAGCCCCUCCCCGGCACCCGAUGACCAAGAGGAGGGCCGGCAGGGCCAAACUGAAAAAUUCCAGUUUGAACUAACCUUAGAGGAAGACGGCGAGUCAGACACUGAGAAGGACAGCGGAAGUCAAGUAGAGGAAGACACUAGCUGUAGUGACUCCAAGACGCUGUGCACUCAAGACUCGGAGUCCACGGAAAUUCCCCUGGAUGAGCAGGUCGAAGAGGAGGCGGUAGCAGAAGAGGAGGCAAGCCAGCCUGACACUUGUGUCAUAGACGAUGGUUGUCCUGACACGUAACAGUGUAAAAGACUGUCCCACUUUUUUUUUCUUUUUUUUUUUUUUAGUAGAAAAAUUGUUUCCAAAGUGCAUGUCACAUGCCACAACCAUGGUCACACCUCACUAUCAUCUGCCAGGACGUUUGUUGAACAAAACUGACCUUGAACUACUCAGUCUGGCGCUCAGGAAUACCGCAACCAGUUCUUUCACCUCCAUGUCAUCGGAGCAAGGGGGGGAACGUCGUCACGGACAUGACUUUGACGUGAUUUCAGCUUGGCAGAGCUGACAAGGCAGAGAAAAUCGACUCCAGCUGUUUUCGAGGGAGCUCGGCUCAUCGGGCUGCCCCCAAAGUAGAUGCAGGUGGCAGGAUUCCUUCCGGGUUUGUGUGCAGAAAUUUUAAAGAAGAGAGAAGGCAUUCGAGGGACGGAGUAAACUCACUGCUGAAGCGAUGAAAAUGUCACGAACAGGACACGGCAUCAGCCUGUGCCCAGGAGGAGGAUGAGCCGCAGAAAUUGCAUAAUUUUCUAAUUUCAAGUCUUCCUGAUACAUGACUGAACAGUGUGGUUCAGCGAGCCACACUCACCUCUACGUUUUGUAUGAUAUGUAAAACAGAUUUUUUGUAGAGCUUACUUUUAUUAUUAAAUGUAUUGAGGUAUUAUAUUUAAAAAAAACUGUUCAGAACUUCAUCUGCCACUGGUUAUUUUUUUUUCUAAGGAGUAACUUGCAAGUUUUCAGUACAGAUCAGUGAGACACACUGGAUAAAUCUCAUUUACAAAUUUUACUUGCACCUUAGAGUUCAUAGCAAUCAGACUGAUUUGUAGUGAUCUCUUGUUUUAUAUACCAAUGACUUCCAUAACCUUAAAACAGAGAAACAACUUUCUGUUGCCGGAAACCCGUUUUGUAAGUGUCGGUUGACUCCGCCUCUUAUUUCAGUCCUCCCCCCCAGCCCCAACCAGGAGAAUCGCUCCCCAUCACUGCUUCCUCCACGGUGUGCGAAGUGAGUAUUUAUUCUGUAAUCCUUUCUGUGUGCAUUCUGUCAAAUGUGUCUUAAGCCUCCUGGAAGCUCAGUCCUCAGUUGGUGUUGUCCGAAGUAAAUGGGCGAUAUAGAAAUACACCCAGUAGCCGAGAGUCCGGCUUUUUCAGGCAUCUUCCUACCUACUGCCUUCUGAUGCCUUUUUCUUUUUUUUUUUCUCUGUCCCUUACAGUCACGACACAUCCGCCCAUCACUCUACUGUUGCUCACAGUCGGGUACAAUAAGAGAGACAUUUGUCCUUCAUGCCGCACUGUCUAAUGUGUGUUCCAGCCUCUGCCCGUGUCAAGGGUGUCAGUGUCGCUAGGGUUGAUGUUCAUUUCUGCCACACGGUUCUGUGUCAUCACUAGCUUUUCCUCUGGGGUUGCGGAGGGAAACAAGCUAAGUGUGCACACGCAGUUCUGAAGAAUGCUAGCAGACUCUCUCAGCCCAGGACCAGGACAACUGUGGUUUGAACAUGGACAUAAGUCCUCCAUGAGGAGUGUCCCUGGAAAGUCACUCUCAGGGUAGCAGCUCCUCUCCCUGAAAAUUGCCAUCAAUAUUAUUGCUCCAUGAGCUUGCCCUAUAGGAAGGACUACUUCAGACACAGAAUUGAUGGUGCCACUGGCAUCAGGGCAGGGUAGUUAUACAAUGCAAUCUAAAACCUUAGAUUGACAGAUUCUGCCUCAAUACAAUAUUAAGAGGGAAUUCCAGAUUUCAACCAUGGAACUUCAUUGAUUUUUAUAUAUUAACUCCCAGUGUUAACUUGCUGAGCGUGGUUCACCUCAGGCAGCAUAUGUAUAGUCUAUGUAUAGAUCUUAGGUGGAUCCUCGGAGUUUGGAGCCCCUGUUAUUUUUUCUUUUUGGCAUCCAAAUGGGGAGUAAAAGGGAGCGUGGUAUAUAACUAAAUGAAAAAUGGUAAGUCUGAAAAAAACACACUUAAAACUUCUCUAGGAAGCUGUGGGCUGGUCACUGGGAAAGUAAGUCGUCAGCCAGGGAAAUCACCCAUGCUGAACCGAAACCCUGCUUCAAUCUCUUUAGUCCCAAGGAUGCUUAGAACCUUUGCUACAAAAAAAGGUUUCUGAUCUUUACCAUAGGACAGGAUACGAAUCAAAUAACUGACCGCUAGAGUGCCAGCUUCCCUUCCUUGUAAAGAGCAAACGGAGAAUAAUCCGCCUCGUGUGACCAGACCUUUCACAAGACAUUUGGGCACCUGUUUCUCUUUUCUUUUUAUGCAUCCCUGAAGGGGCUCCCGAAGGAAGGGCAAAGAGUCUAGAGUCGAUUCCCCCUUCCUAAAUCAUCCUCGCUCCUUUCCCUCCCUCCACGUGGCAUUUCCCCCCCCCCCCCCCAGAGUGCCUGCAGCCUUCACAAUGAAAAGAACAGCAGUAUGUUAUAAAGAGAUCCGUACCUGCCAGGGUUGGUAACCGCACUAAUGGAGCCUGCGUUGGUUCUUAACGGCACUGUGUUACAACGGCAGCCAGCGAUGGACAAUCAAGCUCUAGCAGACACAUAAUAUCCAAGGAGUUAGAGACUAGCGUCCUAUACCUACUGUCUGUUCGCCACCCCUACCCCUUUACUGUGUCCCCUUGCUCACUCACUCUCCCACCAAGGUGUGGCUCACAAUACACACUGCAUUAAAAAGAACAUCUUUAUACAAGUGGCUUUAUUUCCUAAAAUGCCAUAAGAAAAUGCAAUAUCUGGGUACUGUAUGGGGGAAACCAAGUCCAAGUUUGCAUAAAACCAGUACAUUUCAGCUUGCAAGUUACUGAGGGCGAUAACGCUGUUUUUGUUUGGUUUUCAUUCACAUCAGUUCUAAAAUACGAGUAAACCGUAUCGAUAGAACAAACUGCAGAUAAGGAAAGAAAAAAACUUGAAUGAAACAGAUUUUACAGAAAGCUUUAUGAUAAUUUUAAUGCAUUAUUUAUUUUUUUGUGCCAUGCAUUUUUUUUCCUCACCAAAUGACCUUACCUGUAAUACAGUCUUGUUUGUCUGUUUACAACCGUGUAUUUAUUGCAAUGUACAUAAUGUAAUGUUAAUUGUAAAUUAUCAGUUCUUAUUAAAACAUCGUCCCACGAUGGGAUGGUGUUGACAUAUUUGGAAACUCUUGGUGAGAGAAUGAAUGGUGUGUAUACAUACUCCUUGUACAUUUUUCUUUUCUUCUGUAAUAUAGUCUUGUCAUCCUAGAGCUUGUUUAUGGAAGAUUCAAGAAAAAAUAUAAAAUACAUAAAGAUAUAUAAAUUUAAAUAUCAUAGCUGCAGGUCUUUGGUCCCAGGGCUGUGCCUUAACUGUAACCAAUAUUUUCUUCUGUUUUGCUGCAUUUCAAAGUACGGGGAUAGUGGCUUGGGCUGGGCGUUUUGUAUCCACACGCUUCCCUGAUGGAAUUCCCUGAUGGGAUUUCUGGCAGUAGCUGGAUUUUACAAAGACUAGACAUGACUGGUGGAGAACCUCCUGACACUUUUGAGAUACACGCUCCUAAGCACCUGUCUCCAUGGAGCACGGCUGCACGGAUGGUGACUGUUUCCCAGCUGAAUGCCAGGAGCCAUUUCACCUGGACGUACGGCCUUGGUUCCCUUACUCCCAAACCUGUACUAGAGAAACGUUCUUCUCCAGUGAUUAUAGGAUGACUUGUUGGCUUCUGGACCUUACAGGAAGAUGAGUUUGAUUUGCAACAGGAGCCAUAGGUCACUCAUCUUGGUUAGUCCCCUGCUCAUCAGCUUCCUGUCAUACCAAAAAAAUUAUACAAUUUUCAAUACUAUUUUUUCCUUCAAGAUCAAAUUUAUAUAUGUAUAAUACAUACUACAUAUGUAUAAUACAUAUACAUACACACUGUUUGAAUAUAUACAUAUAUAUGUGUGUAAAUCAUCUAACUUAAACAUAGUUCUGUGACAAUGCCAAUUCCCAUAAUGUAAGGAACUCAUAUCUCUCUGCAAGUGUUUCUGUAAAAUGUCUGUCCUUGUAGGAUUGUUAAGUGUGACCUUGCACAAUGGCAAGUCCUGAAAGCCACGAGAGCUUCCUGGUGGAAAAUGUGGCCACGUCUCACUGCAGCUCAGCCCUUAGCACGUGUGGCACAGUGAAAAGACAGAUUCUUUUUUUCUAGGAAAAACGAGCCUCCUGUUAUUUUAUUUUUUGACACAAACUGUAGAUUUUAGCAGCCCUGGCCCAAAGGAAUUUGAUUACUUUUGUUUUAAACAGUACAAACGGGACACUAUACUUACAAAAUACAUCCUUACUGAUUUCAGUUUUUUUUAAACUGUUUCCUUUCUUUGGGUGUGUUUUCCGCGUGGUAAGCUGUGUGUGAGCAUCACAGAUGGUGAUUCUGUUAGUGGUUUCUUAGCCUCUCCUACAGCCCAUGGGGAUAGUACUGUACAUCAAUACCUUCAUAUAAAAUUUUUAUAUGCAAUGAAAAUAAAAGCAUGGGUUGAUUCUGCCUA